AUGCUUGGAUAUUUGAAAGAUGAUCAAGGACAAUACAAGGAGGCAGUUUCAUUUUAUGAAAAAUCACUUAAAAUCGAGCGAAAAACUCUUCCGGAAGAUCAUUCUUCAUUGGCUCCUACCUACACUAACAUCGGCCUUGCGUAUGACAACAUGGGUAACUACUCGAAAGCACUUGAAUUUUAUGAAAAAGCAAUUAAAAUAAAAGAAGAAUCUCUGCCUCCGAAUCAUCCUGAUUUGGCUAGUUCCUACAACAACAUCGGUCUUGCGUAUGACAACAUGGGUAACUACUCGAAAGCACUUGAAUUUUACGACAAAUCACUUAAAAUAAAAGAAAAAGCUCUGCCUCCGAAUCAUCCCUCAUUGGCUACUUCCUACAACAACAUCGGUGAAGUGUAUAGAAUCAUGGGUAACUACUCGAGAGCACUUGAAUUUUACGAAAAAUCACAUAAAAUACUCGAGAAAUCUCUGCCUCCGAAUCAUCCCAAUUUGGCUCCUUCCUACAACAACAUCGGUCUUGCAUAUGACAACAUGGGUAACUACUCGAAAGCACUUGAAUUUUACGAAAAAGAUUUAGAAAUAACGAAAAAAUCUCUGCCUCCGAAUCAUCCCUCAUUGGCUGGUUCCUACAACAACAUCGGUAUGGCUUAUUCCGGAAAAGGUGACUACCCAAAAGCGCUUUCGUACCUAGAAAAGGCACUUGCCAUCUGGCAAAAAUCAUUUCCAUCAACACAUCCUAAUAUUAAAACGGCGAUGAAUAAUAUUGACAUUGUGAAAAAGAAAAUGUAA